UUAGCUGUUGUAUAUUUAUCCCUGCUAAUCCCAUUUCUAACUUAAAACCUAGUUUUGUUUUAGGGGUAAACCCCUUCGAUGUGCUUCGUUGAACGGUGUGAAACAGCGCGGAAGUCUCCGCCCAUUUUCAGAGGUAAACAAAUAAAACACGUUCGUCAUCCGAGCUGUUGGAGCUGCCGUGACCCUCCCGCUUGUUUUCUUCGUCUGUAAAUGGAAACAGGCGACGUCUGAGGAUGAACUGUCGCUCGGAGGUCCUGGAGGUGACGGUGGAGGCCCGGCAGGUGGAGGAAGCUAUGCUGGCCUUACUACACACCAUCCUGCUGCAUCGAAGCACAGGCAAGUUUCACUACAAGAAGGAGGGCACCUACUCCAUAGGCACCGUGGGCACACAGGACAUCGACUGCGAUUUCAUUGACUUCACCUUCGUCAGGGUGUCCUCUGAGGAGCUGGACAGGGCCAUCAGGAAAGCGGUGUCUGAAUUCAAGGAUGCUUUGAGCAGCGACGGCAUGGGGCAGAUCUCCCUGGAGUUCUACCAGAAGAAGAAGUCUCGCUGGCCCUUCUCCGACGAGUGCAUCCCAUGGGAGGUGUGGAGCAUCAAAGUCAACACGGUUAACCUAGCGAACGAGCAGGAGAGGCAGAUCUGCAGGGAGAAAGUGGGCGAAAAGCUGGGGGAGAAGGUGAUCAACGUGGUGGAGGUCAUAAACCGCCACGAAUACCUGCCAAAGAUGCCCACCCAGUCUGAGGUGGGCAAUGUUUUUGACACCAGCCUGAAGGACGUCCAGCCAUACCUGUAUAAGAUCACAUACCAGAUCACUGACUCUCUGGGGACCUCAGUGAGCACCACCAUGAGGAGGCUGAUAAAAGACACCUUGGCCCUGUGAGCGGCCCCUCUGUGCAUCACUACCUGCUUACGUUUGAGAGCUCUGUCCUGCUGCAGCUUUAAAGCUGCGUUUGACGUCACCGGUGUAAAGAUCCGCUGUGAUUCUUUUCAUUUUUCCAAUCAUUUUUUCCUUAUUAUGAAGAUUUCUUUGCUCUAAAAUCAUUUAACCCACCGUCUGUAAAUAGUGUUGAUUUUCUUAAUAAAAUCCUCAAUCUCAUCAAACUUUACCUAAAGACUGAAACAGAUAAAGACAGAAAAACCUGAGUCUUUUCCAAAAUGGUUAAAGGUUGACUUUGCUUAUCUAUUA